ACCAGACCAUUUGGUUUUACACGCAUCCUAAAGCAUUCGUGUACCCUCGGCAUUGUCGAUGUCUUCGGUCGAGUAGGGCUGUACGGGUGGCGGCGCCUGCUCGGCGGAGUAGUCGAUCCAGAUCUCGUUCUGCUUUCCUUCGGCCGGAUUCCGCUUUCUCAGAUUGAUCGACGUACCGAGUGUUUCUUUGGGAGAACGAAAUGAAGUACGGUUCGCGUUGUUCUUAUAAAUGGAUGGUGUGAUUAUCCGCACCUCUUUGUCGUUCAUGGAGGAGUUGCCGAUUUGAGAUUUGGGCAUUUCUUGAUGCCUUGCGAUUGUCGCUCUCUGCUGGUUCCUGCACGGAGAGUUAAGUAUGGGUAAUUUUAUGAUAAACUCUAUUUGAGUUGAACAAACAUGAGCCGACCACAAAAUGGACAGAGAAACUUCUUUCCUUUUGGAAAUCCUUUUCGGAUUUACCUCCACAAGGGAUCUAAUUUCUCCUCGAAGCUUCGUGAAUUACUGUUUUCUUUUGAGAAAAAUCUGGCAGAGCAAUUAAAGAAGCUGAAGCCUAAGAAUGUUGAAGAUGUCUUCACCCUAUCUUGGAUGAGGCUUUCCAUUCAGUUCUUAUCAGAUAUGCAUAAUAGCAUAAGAACUUUAAUAACUGAUCUUCAGUUACCUGUUUCUGACUGGGAUGAAAAGUGGUUUGACAUAUAUUUGGACAGCAGUGUGAAAUUGCUUGAUAUCUGCAUCGUAUUAAGUUCUGAGCUGUCUAGAUUGAAUCAAGGUCAACUGCUUCUUCAAUACGUGCUGCAUCUUUUGGAUAUCUCAGCAGGUGAUACUUCUUCCGAAGUACUUACCAAAGCUCACUUGCAUAUUCAUGAACGGAUAGAGCAUUCCAAAUCUAAAAGUUCUAAACUAGAAAGCUGUCCUGCCAUGAUAGUGUGUCUUCAGGGAACUCUUGGUUAUCCGAAGGUCAAGAGCCCCAAAGGUAAGGUAUUGAUGAGGGCCUUGCAUGGAGUCAAAGUAAUGACUGUUUUUAUUUGUGGCUGCUUUUUAGCAAUGCUAUCAGGGUGCUCAAAUGCAGUGGUAGACUCACAUGUUUCCGAUGGUUUCUUCUGGUCUGAAGCCUUCAGUGACUUGCAAGUUGUUUUGAACAAGGAAAUAAAGAGGCAAUUUGCUGGUGGGAAAGUGAAAGCAUGUAAAGAGAUUGAAGAAGUGGAAAUGGUGUUGCAUAGUUUGACCAAGAGUUUGGGUUGCAAGAAAGAACAUCUACAAUGCAGCACAGGCAUCAAUCUUGAGGUGGAAACAAUUCCACCAGCAGAAAGCUCCCACUCAGAAAGUCACAGGAUUGAAGAGUGCGCCACAAAGUUGGCUGACAGAGUAAAGAGGCUUGGGGAUGAAUUAGAUUCUCUUUCAAAGGAAGUCAAUGAUUUUUUCCAAAUUGUUUUAGUUGGACGCGAUGCUUUGCUUUGUAACCUCAGAGUAUCUGCUUCUUUGCAGAAGAGCACCAACGAAAUGAAGUCAUGAGGUAAUCGUUUUUACAUGUACUUGUAUGUGUAUUGAACAAUAUGCCCUGGCAAUGUUCUGUGUUCAUAGUCAUUCUUCAGUGUACUCAUUGUCCAAUUGUACUCUAUAUUGUUCAAUGUGUGCCGGCAAAGUGGUAUGCAAAAGUUGCUUAGUGGUGCUAAUGAUAUUAAUAGAGCUCGUUAUGGA